CGCGGCCAUUGAUCUGUGCCGCGGUGGAGCAGGGGCUGGAGACACACUACUAGAGAUGGCGCGGCACCCGACCGGAGCGCAAGGACAGCUGCCUGGCGAUGGGGGGGCUUAAAUCGUAGAAGAAAAAAAUCUGGAAAAACGUUAACAAAAAGAAGAUUUGGAGUUUAUAUUUCUCAAAACUACACCCGAGGAAGGAAAAUAGCGAAAGCGUUAAAUAAAGGCACCAGAGGAACAAUCUGCUGCGAGAGCGAAAAGCAACAAAGACAAUAAGUUAAGUGGACGUUCUGGACAGCAGCUAACUGCGGUACGUCACAUAGAUGGUUGGUCCACAGCGCUGCCCGGAUCAUGAAUGCACAGUUGUCGAUGGAGAAUAUAGAACUGCACGGAGUGAGUCAUGAAUCUUUAGCCAGCCACGGAGAUCUGUUGAGCGGCCACAGCCCGCAUUCCCGUCCCAGCCCAAGAGGUUUGAGCCACCGCGCGAUGGGAAUGGCGACCCUUCUGGACAGCGGCGACUAUCAUCCCGGACACCCCGGACACCUGCACUCGGCCAUCAGCAUGUGUGAAGCCCCCCCUGGCAUGAGCGCCAGCAGCACUUACACCACCCUCACCCCGCUACAGCCUUUACCCCCCAUAUCUACCGUGUCUGACAAGUUUCCUCCGCAUCAUCAUCACCACCACCAUCCGCACCAUCCGCACGCGCAUCCGCAUCAGAGGAUUCCCGGUAAUGUCAGUGGCAGCUUCACGCUCAUGCGUGAGGACCGUAGCCUGGCUCCUAUGAACAGUCUGUACCCCGCCUACCAUCACAAGGACCCUUGCAUGGGCCAGAGCCUAUCCCCGCUGUCCGGCUCCGGUCUAGCCAGCAUACACACGUCCCAAGCUGGCAUCCCACCGUACGCACACCCUGGCGCCGCCAUGCCCGGGGAGAAGAUGCUUACUCCAAGUGGUUUUGAGGCGCAUCACCCAGCCAUGUUGAGCCGCCACGCGGAGCAGCACAUGAGCUCCUCGGGCAUGGUCCAAAUCAACGGUCUGCACCACCAUCCACAUGCGCACCUCGGCGCAGCACAGGGCCACGGUCAGGGGCUGGGGGGCAGAGGCGAACAGGCCUCUGGGCCCGGACAGCCAGGAGGGGUUGUCACUGGAGGAGCAGUCGCGGGAGGGGGGGCUGUUUCUGGGGGACAGAUGGAAGAAGUAAAUACCAAAGAAGUGGCGCAAAGGAUCACCACAGAGCUCAAGCGCUAUAGUAUCCCUCAGGCCAUCUUUGCGCAGAGGGUUCUGUGCCGGUCCCAGGGGACACUGUCUGACCUGCUAAGGAACCCUAAACCCUGGUCCAAGCUCAAGUCUGGCAGAGAGACCUUCCGCCGCAUGUGGAAGUGGCUGCAGGAGCCUGAGUUCCAACGCAUGAGCGCGCUCAGGCUCGCAGGUGAGCGAAGCCUCGCAUGCAAGCGCAAAGAACAGGACCACGGACGGAACGAUCGGGGGAAUGUUUCUAAGAAGCCCCGGCUGGUAUUCACAGAUGUGCAGCGGAGGACUCUUCAUGCCAUCUUCAAGGAGAACAAGCGCCCGUCCAAGGAGCUGCAGCUGACCAUCGCGCAGCAGCUGGGCCUGGAGCUGGCCACAGUCAGUAACUUCUUCAUGAACGCACGCCGCCGCAGCCUGGACAAGUGGGUGGACGACGGCUCCGGUCACCCAGCUAACACAGGCCCAAACGCCUGCACCAAAGCCUGAAGACGGACUGACUUGACCAACUCAUGGACUGACUCAACCUCGGUGGAAAAGCUUUAAAACUUAAGUGAAACAAAGAGAAACUUAAAGAGACCUUGAAGCAACGUUUUGCCCUUAAACCUGUACUAUAUUGAUAUUUAUAGUAUCCAAAGAUGAAAAAACAAACCAAAGACUUCUUGUUGACCUGCUUUGAAAUGUUUGUUUCAGCAACACAUUUCUGUGUAUACAUACUGCAAAAAGACUAUAGUUUUACCCCUCUUACACACACUUACUAUCACUGGUCUUUAGCUUUAUUACACUUUCCAAGUAUCCGUCUAACAUCACCAUCCUUAUCUUUAAUCUGAAUGGUUGGUUUUAAUGAUGGGUCCCUAAAUGAGGUUUAGUCAGCCUAUUGGCAGUUUGAUCUGCAGCUGUUUAUGCGCUAGAGAAAACAGCCAGAAUGUGGAGCUUCGUGGGAUUGGCCAAUCAUCUCCAAAGAAAACAAAUCCCACAGGAGCUAAAAGAUUGUUGUGCAACAUUUUUGGUCAGUGGACUGUCUGUCUAUCUGGCUGUCUGUCUGCUCAACUGUCUGUAUCAUUCUAAUAACACACUGCAGAGAGACAGAGAACAUGCCCAAAGUACUGUAGAGUGCUAACCCCAAAUCAAAAAUUGACUAUGGUAGUGCUUUCUUCCAACAUGCUGAAACGUUAAAUCAUCAUUAAUAGUCAAACCAAAGUCUUAUCUACCAUGUUCCAUCAUACAAAAUAUCUACUUACACAAGAAUGUAAUCUGACCAAAGAGUAUAUUUUGUAGUUGAUAAUCUUGAAAGUAUUUUAGUUCACUUACCUCCAAAGAGAGACUGUUAUGUCUAAACUGUUUCCACUCACUUAUUCAACCUUUAUAGCUUUAACUCUUGAUAUGUUCCAAAGAAUCAUUGCCUUAUAAAUGCCUUCUUGAAUCAAUGAAUACAGUUGUAUCUUCACAAUCAGUCUUAUGAAUGUUACUGUGAUUGCUUAUUGUGAAGAUGCAUAAUCAGUCAUUUAAAGCUUUACUCGUAUUAUUAUUGUCCCCACGGGUUAUCUAUUAUAUAAUUUAUUGUUGAUCAAAGAUAAAAAAAAAACACCAUAAGGAGUUUAUUUUAUUUUUUAUUUAUGGGAAAUAGAGCAACCUGAUUUAGUAAUUUGCUUUCGGAGCGUCACUGUGCCCCCUGCGCUUUAUAUGUAUCUGAUUUUUAUCUCCUCAUCAAACAUGUUGGUUGGAGGGAAUGAUGUCAAUGAUAAAAUCACUUUCUGGCACUUACAGAGCAAUGUCAGUUCAUCACUUGAAUACAAAAGCAUUCUCCCACCAUGCCCCUCCCAUCAUCGCUUACUAUCCUGGACAUUCCCGCACUCAGUCGGUAAAGCUAUGCAUUUCAGCACUAGGAGGAAAGCACUACACACACAAAGACAAAACAGGGCGCGGAGUAGCAUUAGAUAAUAUAUUAGCUUGGCCCCUUUGCCGUCAUCCUCCUUCUGGCCAGGGUUAGCAGCUCUACAUUCAUCAUAAAUACAAGCGUUGAAAGCAAGGAGAGGCCAAAGAGAGAAAAUGAGCUGCUUCUUCAUCAUCAUCCUCUUCAUCAUCUCUGAAACAAAAAAAAAAUUAUAUACAAAAAUUUGUCAAGACCUGCUGAUGUUUUAUAGUGUGAACCAAAGAUGCUACCUCACUCAAAAAGUUCCAUACAUAAUUUCUAUCACUUUGAUGAUACCAAAGAUUACCAAAGAUUUUUUCUCAUUGCACGGCCUCCACGAGUGGUGUUAAACAAAAGAAUAUGUUGUUGUAUGUUUCCCUUUUUCUAACCCUGUACUCCCUCUUCUCUCUAGUCCCACCAUACUCUCACAAACACUAUGCGUUCUCUCGCUUCAUCUGUUCUCCGAUUACAGCUCCAUAGAUAGUCGUGCUGAUGUAGCUAUAGGCACAUUUGCUGAUUGAGCUUUAGGUACACACACAACAGCUUCAUGUGGGUCAGAUGAUGGUUGGAUUUUUCUUACUGCUGUAAGGGUCAAUCUAUCGAUACCAAAGUGACGUUCCUUUUUGAAAGUUGUUCCACCAUCUCUUCUGUAUAGCUUUAUUUCCACUUGUCUUUGAGUGUGUAUCUAUAGGCCGAUGUUACUGAUUCAGCUAAUAGGUCAAACAUCUUCACACGACAAUAGGUCGAUGAGCAUCACAUUCAUGGGCAGAUCAACUAUAGGCAGACAUGUUCCUGAAAGUAGAAGCAGAUGUGUUGCAAUCUUUCUAAAACUCCCAGGACGAGUGCCUUGCUUGAACCAAAGUGUUAAACCGCUGUUGACCUCUCACCUUUGACUCUGUGAAUACCUCAGCCUGUAGAAGGGCCACUAUUGAAGAAACAAGGAAAAGUCUUUUUUUAAUCACACCGUGGUGCUUUCGCCAGCGCAACCAUGCAAUGAAAUAACAUACCAAAGGAGUUUCUGUUGUCCACUUCUACAGAUUAAAAAGCAUACCAAAGGAGUUUAUGUUGUCCACCGCUACAGAUUAAACCAAAGGUCUUAGUUUCCUCCUGUCUCUGCCUCUUCCUGUUGACCCUCCCUUGUCUCUGCUGUGUGUAGAAGGCCCAGCACUCUGGCCGUGCAUGUCUUUACCAAUGUCUCUGAAUACCUCAUAGUAAUAAAUCCUUUGAGUUCUGCAUUGAGACGUCUCUCUGUGAGUGAGGCAGAACUCCUGUCGUGUGCUAACUGUUCUUGUUAUUUGAAAAUAAUUAUCUAUUUUUUAGUUUUUGUUUAUGGCAGAUGUGCUCUGUUUGGAGUCACGGCGGACAAGUUUCAGGGUUGAUGUAUGAAACUUAAGGCAUGGAGGGAGAAGCGUAUUUUUUAUCAGACAUUGGGUUUUGCCAAUAUUAUGAUGUAGAUUAUUGCUUUUACAGGGUAAAACCAACUGCUGUGAUAUUGUGUUCAUAUUUUCCUUUUUCUCUACUUCUGUGUUGUGAUUUUAUUUAAUUGCAUUUUUGUAUUGUUUAACCACUGCUUUAAUUUAUGCAUUUGUAGAAAUUCUAGAUUUGUAUAUAGUAGGUUUUUGAAAAAAGAAAAACAAAAAAGAUAAUUUAUGUUACAGCCUUAUUUCCCACGCUUAGAUAUGACAAAAGAGUAGUUUGUAUUUCUCAGCUAAGUCCUAGCCGACAUUUUAAUGUGUGUUUAACACUGCCAGAAACCUGACAGUUGAUUUGCCAGUGCCAGCAAAGUCAUACAGGAGCUACUUUGUUGAACCCCUGGCAAAAAGCAGUGUGUAUGUGUGUUUUCUAUUCUUUUGACUUUUUAAAAAUCUCUUAUUUUAUGGGUAUUACUGCACAUCCAAAGAUUUUUAAAACAAACCAAAAAAUUGGAAAAAAUAUGUAUAACGUUGAAAAGCACUGGCAUUUGUGAAUUAGACUUGUUGAGUUUUGAUUUGCCAUUCGCACGGGUAUAGAAUGUAGAAGGCGUAGGGCUAUGUAGACAAGCUUACUCUACCAUGUGGGGAAUCUCCUGGUCAAUGUACAAUCGGAAACAUCCAAAUGGAGGGCUGCAAGUCCCGCUCACUUUGCUGUCUCAUGCACUGAGUGAGGUGGAGUGGAGGCUGGGCAGCCGGUCUGCCGGGGGUGGGGCCAUGCACCUGGGUCUGUUUUUACUGCCUUGGCACCGCCGCCUUACUCCACCUAGUAUCUGUUCUUUUGGUACGUACUCAUGUAAUGACUAUGAGCAAAGUCUAAUAAAACACCUUUAUGAAGGAAUCGGUGUGUUUGCAAAAAAGUAACUGUCAAGUAAUGUACAUCCUUGUGAGAGUGUGUGCGAUUAUGUAUUUGUAUUUCUUAAGUAUACUUGUAUUUUGUAUGGGGACAAUGAAAUUCUCAACUCAAAUUGGCACUAGUGUGUGCCAAGAUACAUUCCCAAGGUGUCAAUUACUUACUGUUCUACAAAUGCUCAUAAGAUCAUCUAGUGGCACAAAGCGACUGGCCCUAGAUAGCACUUUUUGAGUCUGCUGUUUAUUUUAUAUUGACUAUUUCAAUCUGAUUAUUUAUUUUUAAAUAUUCCUGGAGAGUCAAAAUAAAUUUGUAUGUGUGUGCAUGUUUUAUGGGUGAAUUGUGAAACAUUGUAGACUCCCUCUGAUGUCAUAUUCAGACAGCACAGUACCCUGGAUCAUACCUGAAUAAGUACAGUUACAUAUGUGAUAUAUAGGCAUAUUCACAAAGGGAUAGACUCUGCAAUAAGAGCCUGUAUCUGCACCAUUAUCACACACAAAGCUGUUGAUGUUAAUGAGUUCCCAUUAUGAUGGGUAUAGCUUGCCUACAAGUCUGGAAACAAUACUGCGGCGCCUAAGACAAUCAUCUGGAUCUAACGCUGGAGAAUUUAGAUUGUCACCCAAAGAGGGGUGAGCUCCAGCGGUUCAUAUACAAAAAUGCUUGAAGGGUUUUGAUAAACAAGCAUAUUUGUUGUCAUAGACAUAUAGGAAUAGAUUUCAUUGGUAGUUCAUCUUGCACUUGCAUUCAGAAAAUAAAAUCUCAUUGCUCUUGUCAGCCUUGUGCUCCGUCGACCUUGAUCUCUUUGUUUUUGUACCCUCUCAACUACAUUGCUUUUCAGUUAGGUGUGUGUGUGAGUGCGUGUGUCUGAGGGAGCUCUCAGAUGUAUAACCACAUGUCUCAUGACUUGGUUUGUCAUUGCUCUUUCCCAGUUUUUGCUACUGCUUUCUCAGUGCCGUGCAAUAUCAUCUGUUGUGAUUGCUAAGCAAAUGAAAAAAAGAAAGAAAAUUGAGAAGCGAGUGAUGAUGUCAUCCAGCUUUUUUCAGUGUUCAAAUGUUUCAACAUUUCUGUAGUCACAAAAUUAGAAAUAAACAGUUGGUAUUUCCAGCUUUCAAAA